AUGCCUAAGAGCUCCCACGUCCUUGAGGCCUUGUCUCUCAUCGAGAAUGACAAAGCCAAGAUACUUGGCUUGACCGUCGGCAAGCAUGCCAAUGUCCAACCCGGGGACUACAUCCCACGAGCCGACGCGCAAUCCCCGCCCGAACUAACCUUUGCGCCGCUCUCCCCGGAGAAAACCUACCUCGCAACGAGCGUGGACAUCGACGCGCCCUUCGCCUCCUUCGCCUUCCUAAGCCCGAUCCUGCACUGGGUGCAGCCGGGACUCCAGGCCCCAACCACAACCACAACCACCACCCUGCAGUCCAAGGCACCCGUGGUGGCGAGCUACGCGCCGCCGGGCCCGCCGCCGGGCAGCGCCCCGCACCGGUACAUAUUCCUGCUGUACGAGCAGCCGGCCGGCUUUGAGGGCUGGGGCGGGGGCAAGCCCGUCGCCAGGUCGCAGCGCAUGCGCUUUGCCUACGAUGCGUGGGUGAGGGAGGUCCAGCUAGGUCCGGUGUUAGCGGUGAAUUUCUUCACGAGCAACUAA